AAUCACAAGCCCGGAAACGCUCUAUAAAUACUACGUCAUUUCCUGCUAGCGUCCUCUUUUCACCGUGUGGUCUGACUUCCAUACGGCGUUGUUUCGUGCUCUCCCACUAAACUCGUAACGCAGGGAAAGCGGUCACGAUGUCCGGAGGUCUGGAUGUCCUUCAAAUGAAGGAGGAGGAUGUGUUGAAGUUCCUGGCUGCAGGAACCCAUCUGGGAGGAACCAACCUGGACUUCCAGAUGGAUCACUACGUCUACAAAAGGAAAAGUGACGGUGUGUACAUCAUAAACCUGAAGAAGACCUGGGAAAAGCUUCUGCUUGCAGCCAGGGCUAUUGUUGCCAUUGAAAACCCAGCCGAUGUGUGCGUCAUCUCUUCCAGGAACACUGGACAGAGAGCAGUGCUGAAGUUCGCCUCCGCCACCGGCGCCACCACCUUCCACGGCCGCUUCACCCCCGGUACAUUCACCAAUCAGAUCCAGGCUGCUUUCAGAGAGCCCCGCCUCCUGAUUGUGACUGACCCUCGCGCCGACCAUCAGCCACUGACUGAGGCUUCCUACGUCAACAUCCCCACCAUCGCUCUGUGCAACACCGACUCCCCACUCAGAUACGUGGACAUCGCCAUCCCCUGCAACAACAAGGGUCACCACUCUGUGGGUCUGAUGUGGUGGAUGCUGGCCAGGGAGGUUCUCAGGAUGAGGGGAACCAUCUCCAGGGAGCACCCAUGGGAGGUCAUGCCUGAUCUGUACUUCUACAGGGACCCUGAAGAGAUUGAGAAGGAGGAACAGGCUGCAGCUGAGAAGGCUGGAGUUAAGGAGGAGUUCCAGGGAGAAUGGAGCGCUCCUGCAGCUGAGUUUGCUCAGCCCGAGGUGGCCGAUUGGUCCGAGGGUGUUGCAGUUCCAUCUGUGCCCAUUCAGCAGUUCCCUGCAGCUGCCCCAGCUGUCAAAACAGAGGAUUGGAGCACUCAGCCUGCUACAGAGGACUGGUCCUCCGCCCCCACUGCUCAGGCUUCCGACUGGGGUGGUGCCACCGCAGACUGGUCUUAAGUCAUUGACUAUGGCAACAAUAAAAGUGUUUUUUACACUUUGA